AUUUUCAAUCAUGGAGAAAGCUGCUAGUGUAUAUCAGCCGUUACCCGGCAGUAGCAGCAACAAAAUUGGAACAGCUGGAGUGAAAGAGUUUGUAGGAGGGUUUAUUAAACCCACGUCCAAUGUGGAUACAGUGAUAGACAAGAUGAAGCCAGUGCAUGUGGAUCGAUCCAACACAUUUAUCAAGGAAACAGAUAAAAAGGCCUUGAAGAAGAAACUGAGAAAUAAGAAGGAAGGCAGGCUUACGGCAAGAGAGAAACGACGAUUGAAAGUGUAUGAUAUACCCAAAGAAGCCCAUCAGUAUCAUCUGUUUCAGCCAUUGGGUGAAUUAUGGCAAGGUUACAUGGAAAAACUACUGUUGCAGGGUACAGCUAACUUUGAGCAAAAGUUGAUCAAGGCAGAUUUUCAUGGCGCACCCUUUACAGUCAUUCAGAGCACAAAUCCAUCGUAUGUGGGCACAUCGGGAUUAGUGGUGCAGGAGACUUUGUCCAUGUUUAAGAUCAUUACAAAAGAUAAUAAGCUGAAGCAAAUACCCAAAAAUAGCAGUAUAUUUAAUGUACAUGUGAACCAAAUUAAAAAGGACUUUACAGUCUAUGGUCAACAAUUAGUUGCACGUCCAUCCGAAAGAGCCGCCAAGAAAUUCAAACCAAAACCAUCCAUUGAUCUUUAGUAUUUUGAUAAUUAAAAAAAAAAAGUUAUUAUUUAUAGAGUAUCGAGUGUGUGUGUGUGUGUGUGUGUGU